AUGCAUCCUCAUAUGCUCCUUGCCCCGGGCCACGCUCAUCACCCGGCCAUGCCAGCAGCUGCUGCCGCAGGUGCUGCAGCUGCCGCUGGUAGCGCUGGUGCUGCUGAUGGUGUUAGACGGGUUGGGUUUCCUGCGUAUCAGCCCCAUCAGGUGCCUGUUCAGCAACCAGACUUUGGCGGGACUCUCCCACCGUCCACCCACUCUCCUGCUCUUCCCACAAGAACGGUUCGCAUCACGGCCCGAGCGUCUCCGCAAGGGCCAGGGGAAGAGGGCAGGGAGCAAGGUGGGCGGAGGACGGUUGUUCCUGUGACCCUGUUUCCAGGGCAGCCGGGGUAUGCGGACGUGCGUGCUGUGCAGGGCCAUGCGGGGGGAAGAGUUGAGGCUGCUGAGUAUGGUCGCGUGGUGCAUGUGGAUAUGACUGGUGUGGGUGGCAGGAUGGAUAAAGUUGGGGAGAGGAGAAGGGAGUGGGAAAGAGAGAGGGGGAGGGAGCAGGAGAGAGACAGGGAGAGGGAGAGAAUGAGGGAGAGAGAUCGAGAGAGGCUGAAGGAAAGGGAUAGAGUUAGGGAUAAGGAGAGGGAGAGGGAGAGAGAGAAGACUCGUGAGAAAGAGCGGGAGAAAGAGCGGCAGUUGCAGAAGGAGAAGGAGGGGCGACGAGAGGGUCAGAAGGAGAAAGAGAAGGAUGAGAGAACAAAAGAGAAGGAGAAGUUGUUAGAUGCCAGCAAGCCACGGGACAAGAAGGAGAAGGAGGAGAAGGACAAGCAGAAGGAAAGUGAGAAGGAGAAGGAGAAGGAGAAGGAGAAGGAGAAGGAGAAGGAGAAGGAGAAGCAGAAGCAGAAUGAGAAGGAGAAAGAUAAGGAGAAAGACAAGGAAAAGGAGAAGGUGAAGGAGAAGGAGAAGCAGACAGUGAAGGAGCGGCUCGAUUACAAGGGAACAACCAAGGAGCGAGAGAAGGCUACAGAGAAGGAGAAGGCAAAAGAGAAGGAGAAGGGCAAGGAGAAAGACAGCGAUCAACCCAGCUCUAACGCUCUUCCUGGGUACAUUUUCGGGUGCACGAACCUCACAAAGCAAGAGUGCUACGACCGGGGGCUGUUCGGGAGCACGUCCACCCACUGCCGUGAAAUUGAGCGCAUAGAGAAGGGCACGCGGCUGUUCCUCUUCAACUUUGAGGAUCGUGUGAUGCAUGGCGUGUACGUUGCACGCGGCAAGGGAGGCUGCGCCCUGGUGAGGGACGCGUGGCAAGGCCGCUUCCCCUGGCAGGUGCGUUUUGAGGUGGAGGAGGAGUUUCCCGCACUCAAGGAGGCAGAGUUCAAGUCUGCGAUAAGGGACAAUGUCUAUAAAAACCGCAGAUACUCGUUCACCCUCACAGACCAACAGGUAUCAACCCUCAUUGCUCUUUUCCGGCGAAACUCAAAACCGCAACAGGUAAGUGUGUUCAACCGUAUUGUUUUCCCCGGCGAAACUGUCAAAAAGGCUUCUAAGAUGGAAGAAGGGAAAGUGUUAACUGUAGUGAGCCCACAGAGCAAGUCUGGGAAGAAAAAGGGUGGGUUGGUGAAGGAAGGUGAGGGGGCGGGGAAAGCAGAGGAGAGUAAGGGGUUGGCAGGGGUUAAAAGGGGUGCUGAAGUGGCUGCUGGGGCUUCUUGGAAACGGGUUAAUGCAGCUGAAGCUGCUGCUGCUGCAGCGCUGAAAGGAGUGAAGGGGCGAGAGAAGGGUGGGAGGGUGGAGGAUGGGAGGAAGAGAGGCAGAGAGGAGGAUGGGAAGGAGGGAGCGGGGGGGAUUGCGAGGAGGAUAGACAGAGGUGGAAUGGGAGUGGUAGGAGGUGGGGCGGGGGGCUCUGGGGUGAAAUUGGGGAAGAGGGGGAGGGAUAAAGGAGAGAUGGAGUUACAGAGGAAAGUGGGGAGGGUGGAGGGGGAGGAGGGAGGAGAGAACAGAAAGCAGUGGCGUGUGCGACUGGUACGGUGUAGGUUGACAUCCCUUGUAGUUGUCGACGCGCGUGAUGUGGGGGAAGGGGAGGGUGGAGAGGAGGGGAGGGAGCUUGCAAAGGAAGGAGAUAUUGAGGGGAGGAGAGAGGAGGAGAUGGAGGAAGGCAAUGGGCAGAGAACAACACUGAUGAUUUUUGGGGAGGAUGAUGAUGAGGAGAAUGAGGAGGGUGGACGGCAGGAGGAGGAGGCGGGUGAGAGAAUGGUUACGGAGGAAAGGGAGGGCAAAGCUGAUCAAGGGAAGAAUCAGCAAGCUUGUGCUGAUGCUGCUGGUGCUGACGCUUCUGGUGCUGAUGCUGCCGGUGCUGAUGCUGCUGGUGCUGACGCUGCUGGUGCUGGUGCUGCUGGUGCUGAUGCUGCUGGUGCGGCUGCUGUUGUUGCUGAUGCUGCUGAUGCUGCUGAUGCUGCUGGUGCUGGUGCUGGUGCUGAUGCUGCUGCAGAUGCCUCUAGGGGAGCAGUACAGGAGGGCAAGGAAGAAGGCUCACAGGAAGACAAGAGGAACACGGCAGAGGGUGGAGAGAAAGAAAUAGAGGGAAAGGAUGGGGUGAGGGCUGAUGAUGAGGUGAACAAAGGUGAGGAUGGGGAUGAGGUAGAGAAGAGCAAGACAGAGGAGGGUGAGAGAGUAGAGGGUGAUCCGGGAUUAGAUGGUGUCUCUGGUGAGAUGGGUGUUGGAGAUGGGGGAAAGGUGUCAAAGGAAGAGAUGGCAGGGGUAGAAUGUGAGAAGUGCGGGCAAGCAGGAGAGGGGAAGGAUGAGGGGAAGGUGAACGGGGAAGUGGAGGGUGUGACAGGGGGAAUGGAGGAAGUGCAUGUGGAAGUUGAGGUAGGAGGGAAUGAGGGAGGAGCAGGUGGUGAAGAGGAGGAAACGAGGAUUGGCGAGUCGAGGAUUAAUCCAUCCAUCGCCCUCUCUCUCUCCCCUCCCUUCCCGUCGCCCUCGCUCUCUCCCCUCGCUUCCCGUCGCCCUCUCUCUCUCCCCUCGCUUCCCGUCGCCCUCUCUCUCUCCCCUCCCUUCCCGUCGCCCUCGCUCUCUCCCCUCCCUUCCCGUCGCCCUCGCUCUCUCCCCUCGCUUCCUGUCGCCCUCUCUCUCUCCCCUCCCUUCCCGUCGCCCUCUCUCUCUCCCCUCCCUUCCCGUCGCCCUCUCUCUCUCUCUCUCCCCUCCCUUCCCGUUGCCCUCGCUCUCUCCCCUCCCUUCCCGUCGCCAUCGAGCUCUCCCCUCCCUUCCCGUCGCCAUCGCAAGAUGCAGUCGUCGUGCUCUUCGCGCCCUUCUUCCCUGCCCUCCCAUCACCCUACCUCUUUCCGCGAUUUUUGCACAUUUAUAUCUCUCCUCACGCCCCGUUGCGAUUUGUGCACACUUAUAUCUCUCCUCGCGCCCCGUUUCCGUCGCCCUGUCGCGUUCUUCUCUGGUCACCCUGCUAACUCUCUGGUUUUUCCGUUCUUUUUGUUCCUCAAUGCUGUUCUUGCCGCCAUACAGGUUUUUGGCUAA